AUGUCGGAUACUUCGGACAAACAGACGGAACAACCCGCUCAGCCUACCAGUGGCAGUGGCAGUGCGCCAACACUGGAAACUACGGACCACUCAAAUAAGCAAAGCGAGCAUAAAUCAACGUCUCGUCCUUCAUCUCCAACACCUGAAGUAGAAUCUACUCUUAGUGGUGUCGACGUAGUACCGGUAUAUGAGGACGCAGAAAAGGCAGAUGCGGCCGCUACGUCGUUCAAACGUCAUUCAGUUGAACCUCCAGUAGACAAUCAACAUGAGCGUUUGGAUACCGAGAAAGGCACUCAUAUUGUUGCCAAGAAUGCUUCUGCGGGAACAGCCCCCCCAAUAAUUGGAAAUGGCGGAAUUGUUGGAGGUCCGGAAGAAUCAAGUGGCGAAGAUGAUGAUCAGAGCCAUUAUAUUUCUGGUGUACCACUGGUACUUUUGUCUUUUGGUCUUUGCAUGGCUACAUUUACUGUGGCAUUGGAUAAUACUAUCAUCGCCACGGCUAUUCCCAAAAUUACCUCAGUCUUCAACUCUCUAGACGAUGUCGGAUGGUAUGGAUCCUCCUACUUGCUGACAACAACUGCCCUUCAACCAUUAUUUGGACGUAUAUACACCUACUUCGACGUCAAGUGGACCUAUCUCUCUGCUCUUGUCCUCUUCGAAAUUGGAUCUAUUAUCUGUGCCGCAGCGAGAAAUUCAGUCAUGCUUAUAGUGGGAAGAGCGGUUGCAGGUGCUGGAGCUUCAGCCCUAUUUUCUGGCGGCAUGACAAUAGUUGGUUUCACAGUGCCUUUGAUUAAGCGACCAUUAUAUAUUGCUCUGUUAUCAUCGAUGUUCGGUAUUUCCAGUGUCGUUGGCCCCCUCCUGGGUGGCGCUUUGACUGAUAAGGCCUCAUGGCGAUGGUGCUUCUGGAUCAAUCUUCCUUUCGGUGCAAUUUCUAUUGGAGCAGUAGCAGCAUUCUUCAAACCUCCUCCGAGAAAGAUAUCCGGCAUGACUGUUAAGCAGAGACUUAUGGAAAUCGAUCUCAUAGGGGCUUCGUUUCUCAUGGGAGCCAUCAUCUGCUUAUUGUUAGCUUUACAAUGGGGUGGAUCGACAUAUCCUUGGCGCGAUUCAAAAGUUUGGGGCUGUAUACUCGGAUUCGCUCUCCUAAUCAUAAUAUUCAUCGCCCAGCAAUUUCGCCGCGGUGAUCGUGCCACCAUUCCUCCCAGAAUUUUAGGCCAACGAACUGUUCUAAGUUGCUGUCUGUUCUCUUGCUUCAUUUCUAUGGGCUUGUACACGCACAUAUUUUACCUCCCCUUCUACUUUCAAGCCGUCAAGGGAACCUCGGCAGAAGCUUCCGGCAUUCGUACGAUUCCAUACCUCGGUUCAGUCAUCGUAUCAUCCAUCUUCGCGGGUGCUGGAAUCACCGUCCUUGGCUUCUACAAACCUUUCAUGAUUGCCGCUGGCGCAGUCUUUACAAUUGGUGCUGGACUCAUCUACACGCUUCAGGUAGAUUCCAACGCCGGUAAAUGGGUAGGCUAUCAAUUGAUCUGCGGAUUUGGCGCCGGUAUGGGCAUACAAAUCCCUUUUAUCGCCGUACAAGUCGUUCUCAGCGCAAAAGAUAUGCCCAGUGGAAAUGCUAUUGCUAUCUUCUUUAAUUCCCUCGGCGGAGCCAUCUCUAUAUCCAUUGCGCAAAAUGUGUUUAAUAACGGCCUCGUCAAAUAUAUGCCUCAAUACGCACCAGAUGUUAACCCCGCCGUUGUCUACCAGGCUGGCGCUACGCAUCUUCGAGACGUUAUUAGUCCUGCUGAUUUGGUGGGCGUAUUGCUAGCAUAUUGUAAAUCUUUGGAUGACGCAUUUGUUCUGGCAAUUGCGGUUGGUGGUAUCGCGACUAUUUGCGCGUGUUUUGUGGAGUGGAAGAGUGUUAAGGGGAAGAAGAUUGAUCAUGGGGCUGCGGCUGCUUGA